CUCCUGCUGCUUCUUGCGCUGCUGCCGGGCGCCGCGGCCGAGACCCCGCCGGAUGCGCCCGGACCCGGGGCCACUAGCGCCGACCCACCCAGCCCCGCCAGCGUGGUGGCGCCGGGGACCACGCCGCUCGAGGAGAGCCGGCUGCCGGUGUUCACGCUGGACUACCCGCACGUGCAGAUUCCCUUCGAGAUUACGCUGUGGAUACUACUGGCCUCGCUGGCCAAGAUCGGCUUCCACCUCUACCACAAGUUGCCGACCAUCGUUCCUGAGAGCUGCCUGCUCAUCAUGGUCGGACUCCUGCUGGGUGGGAUUAUCUUCGGCGUGGACGAGAAAUCUCCACCAGCCAUGAAAACCGACGUCUUCUUCCUGUACCUCCUGCCCCCCAUCGUGCUGGAUGCCGGCUACUUCAUGCCCACUCGCCCGUUCUUUGAGAACAUUGGCACCAUUUUCUGGUACGCUGUGGUGGGGACGCUCUGGAAUUCCAUCGGCAUCGGGGUGUCCUUGUUCGGCAUCUGCCAGAUCGAAGCCUUCGGCCUGCGAGACAUCACCCUGCUGCAGAACCUGCUCUUCGGCAGCCUCAUCUCCGCUGUGGACCCUGUGGCUGUGCUGGCUGUCUUCGAGAACAUUCACGUCAAUGAGCAGCUCUACAUCCUGGUCUUUGGAGAGUCCUUGCUAAAUGACGCGGUCACAGUGGUCCUGUACAACCUGUUCAAGUCCUUCUGCCAGAUGAAGACCAUCGAGAUCAUUGACGUGUUCGCUGGCAUCGCUAACUUCUUUGUUGUAGGGAUUGGUGGGGUGUUGAUUGGCAUUUUCCUGGGCUUCAUAGCGGCCUUCACCACACGCUUCACGCACAACAUUCGUGUGAUCGAGCCGCUCUUCGUCUUCCUAUAUAGCUAUUUGUCCUACAUAACCGCUGAGAUGUUUCACCUCUCCGGCAUCAUGGCGAUCACCGCAUGCGCAAUGACCAUGAACAAGUACGUGGAAGAAAACGUGUCCCAGAAGUCCUACACCACCAUCAAGUACUUCAUGAAGAUGCUGAGCAGCGUCAGCGAGACGCUCAUCUUCAUCUUCAUGGGCGUGUCCACCAUUGGGAAGAACCACGAGUGGAACUGGGCUUUCGUCUGCUUCACCCUUGCCUUCUGCCUCAUUUGGCGCGCACUGGGUGUCUUUGUCCUGACCCAGGUCAUCAAUUGGUUCCGAACCAUCCCACUGACCUUCAAGGACCAGUUCAUCAUCGCCUACGGCGGCCUGCGAGGGGCCAUCUGCUUCGCGCUGGUGUUCCUGCUCCCUGCCGCUGUGUUCCCGCGGAAGAAGCUGUUCAUCACGGCCGCCAUCGUGGUCAUAUUUUUCACCGUCUUCAUCCUGGGAAUUACCAUCCGGCCACUUGUGGAGUUUCUCGAUGUUAAGAGAUCCAAUAAGAAGCAGCAAGCAGUCAGUGAGGAGAUCCACUGUCGGUUCUUUGAUCAUGUGAAGACUGGGAUCGAAGAUGUCUGUGGACACUGGGGUCACAACUUCUGGAGAGACAAGUUUAAGAAGUUUGAUGACAAGUAUCUUCGGAAGCUUUUGAUUCGGGAAAACCAACCUAAGUCCAGCAUCGUGUCUCUGUAUAAAAAGCUUGAGAUCAAGCACGCCAUUGAGAUGGCCGAGACAGGGAUGAUCAGCACUGUCCCUUCGUUCGCAUCCCUAAAUGAUUGCCGGGAAGAAAGAAUAAGGAAGCUCACACCUGGUGAGAUGGAUGAAAUUCGAGACAUACUAUCAAGGAAUCUCUACCAGAUCCGUCAGCGAACCUUGUCCUACAACAGGCACAACCUGACGGCUGACACGAGCGAGAGGCAAGCGAAGGAGAUCCUGAUCCGCCGGCGGCACAGCUUGCGGGAGAGCAUCAGGAAAGACAGCAGCUUGAACCGUGAGCGCAGGGCUUCUACGUCAACUUCCAGAUAUUUAUCCUUACCUAAAAAUACAAAGCUUCCAGAAAAGCUACAGAAGAAAAGGAACAUUUCUAAUGCAGAGGGCAGCAGCAGCGACUCAGACCCGGACGCAGGGACCACUGUGCUCAACCUGCAGCCCCGAGCCAGGCGCUUUCUGCCGGAGCCAUUCUCUAAGAGGCCGCCCCCGACCUACACGAUGGAGUGGAAGAAUGAGGUGAAUGUAGAUUCUGGCCGAGCGCAGCCCGGCAGCCCCCCAGCCCCCAGCAGCAAGGACGGGGGCACUCAGACACCAGGCGUCCUCCGGCAGCCCCUUUUAUCCAAAGAGCGGCUGCGCCGGGACAGGGACAACAGUUUGACUGAAGACACUGCACCCAGGCCACCACCCAGGCUGGCCCGGAGGGCCUCGGAGCCUGGGAACCAGAAAGCCCGAUUUGGGGGGAGCGAGAAGCCUUAAAGAGAGCGGCCAAAGCACACCUGGGGACCGACCCAGCCAGACUGGUCUGUCAUCCAGCACACCAAAGCAGCCCUGGAGUCCGUUUAAAGACCUCUGUCAAAGUGUUUUGGAUGACAGAGUCAAGCCACUGACUCAUGGUAUGAAUGUUUAUCCCAAAAAGAGGAAAAAUCAGAGGAAAAACAUCCCAUAGAGUGUCUCUGUGACUUGUGGCUAGCAACUGUAUUCAGGCCUAAAGAAAAAAAAUAUGUGUGCCUUUUAUUGAACUUGAAUGACAGAACUUGAAAUUUUUAACAUAUACUUAUUAGUGAAAAUGUUAAUAUAUUACAUAUAUGCCUCAGAUUUUAUUUAUGAAAAAAAAAACAUGUAUAUGGUAGCGGGUCAGUUGUUAAGUGUACAGCACUAGGGGGCCGAGAACAUGUUCCUGUUUCCCAGGGAUGAGCUUCAGGUGAAUGCUGUACUUCUGAGUUCUCUUUCCCUGCCCCAGGCCGGUGGUCCAGUUGGUGAAGGAAGAACAGAGGCCAAACAGGGACAACUCAGGAUGUGGCUGGGGCACAAGCAGGCUGAGCAGCUGGCGGAGUGGCAGCUCUAGGCAAGGGGCUAAGCUAAAGUCCCUGUACUCCUGCUGAAUUAGUUCUUAAUUUGUUCCUCUUGUCUACCAUGGGUUUGGGUGACAUAGAAAUUCCACAUCCCCUUCUUUUUUGGUGAUGGAAAGAGAAAGGCUGCCAAGCUCAGAUCAGCUUGUAGGGUUGGGCAGACUUGGUGGCAGCUUUAGUGAAGCCAUGGUCCUGAGACUUUCUCUUGUGGCCCCUCCUGGGGAGUCGGGCCGCACCUGCCAACUAGAGUUGGUGAGUGUAACUCUUGCAAUAUAGGGAAGAUGGUGAGGGUGACUCCUUUCAUGCCCAGCUAUGCCCACCUGCUCUAGCAGAACUUUCUGUAGAACAUUCUGGAACUUUUGCAAGUAAGCACCUUCAAGCUGAUGAGCUGAUGAGGAUAAAACUCUACAUAGACUGUAUUCCAGUGUGUGACACAUUGGCCAGAUUUCAGGUUUUGACUUUUGAUCAGGAAUCACUUUGGAGAAUGUGGGAGUCCUAUUUUUUUUUUUUCACGUCUGUAAUUUGUUACCUCCUCACUUUCAAUAAUGUAGUGACUCAGAUUCUUCAUACCAAAUUGGAUUCUACUUGUGGGAGUACUUUUUAGAACACUGCAGAAAGAAAUGGCACAUAAUCAUUAAAGAUUAAUAUUGAAAUCUCUGGCUCCUAAACUAGAUUUUAUUGACCUGUCUUUUCUUUCUGAAUAAUCCCUGUCUAAAACUUGUCAGAACCAGGACUCCUAAACCUGUGGGCUUAGGUGCUAGUGGGGACCUUGGCAUAGCUCCUUCACUUCCCACUGGAAGCCUUUC